UCCAUGGAAGCCCACCAUGUCAGAAGGGCCCAUCUUGAUCGCUAUCAGAAUCUCAAGGAUACUGAAAUGAUAAAGCUAAAAUAAAUUACGUAGCCAGCUAAGAGACGAUAAAAGUCAAUCACAGAUAAGUCGUGUAUAUUGACUCUUGUUUUAAACAUUAGCUACUAGCCUAAAGCACGAGCAGAAUGAACCGUUUUAAUUCCACCGUCCCCGUCGACGAGUACCUCGCCGACAGUAACGUGUUAUUUUACCUGAGUGACGCAGUGACCCAGCUGCUGGAGCAUAAGGAGGAAUACACGCAGUUUGGAGUGAUCCGCUACUUUGCUGAAUACUUCAGCAGCGUGAAGAACAGUAACCACAUCCUCUUCAGAGAGUAUAACUACAUUAAGGCUACUCCUCACAACAGGGCCUCCUUCAUCAGAGUCUUCUGGAGAUGCUACAGGCAGAUUGGGAAGAGUGGAGACUUGCUGUCCAUGCUGGAGUACAGAUCUCUGCUGCAAUUACUGUGUCCAGACUUCCCAGCAGAGAUGGUGCAGAGCGCAGCAAGAAUUGUUUUGAUGGACGAUGCCAUGGACUGUCUGAUGUCAUUCUCUGAUUUCCUGUACGCUUUCCAGCUGCAGUUCUUCUAUCAAGAGUUCCUGGACAGCGUGCUGGUGAUCUACCAGGAUCUGUUGUCAGGGAAGAGUCCAAACACCGUCAUCGUCCCCACAUCCGACUCCAUCGAGCAACUUCCCUCUGUGGCUGCAGAGGAGAACGAAAAAGAGGAAAGGCAGCAGGAUGGGGUGGAGCCGUCUACUCUGGCUCAGUGUAUAGAUGACCUGUGUGACAGGUUCAAACACAGUCAUCCUCCCAGGUCCUGUAUGAGAGAAGCUCUGGAGCAGGUAGACAAGGUGUCCUACUACAGCUUUGUAAUGAGCCUGGCCAAACAUGAAACUAUCAACCAGACUAUUGGAGCAUUACCCAGCAAGGCAGAGCUGCUAAUUGACCCAGAGAUGGAUCAGGAGCUGGACAAGUUAAUUGCCCAGAUCUCAGUGAGUCCUGGCAGUAACAGCAGUGGUAGUGCUGUGGGGGCACUGAAGGAGGUGCAGAGGAAGGCCUCCCCCAGGAGGAACAUCCACCACAGGAGGAGAAUGGAGGUGGAAAGUGAUGGCUCCACAGAAGAGACAGACUCCUCUGAAAACUGACCAUCAAACUCUGUGGCAUGAAGACCCCCAUCGUAGGUCCAGAGCUCACUGUGGCUGAACGGUUCAUGGCAUUAACUAUUAGCCCUGAUUUGCUGUGUAAACCUAAGUUCAAGCGCUCAUCAAGACCCACAUGAAUAGAGGAAAACCCUACAAACAACUGGUAAAAUAACACUACUUUUUGAAGUUUUUUGUCUUUUUAGACUCAUAGCUGCUCCACAACAUUGCUUAUGCUGGCAUCUCCCAACAUGCUGUCAUGUAAGGGUGCUGUGCCACUGAAUCCAUCCAAUUUAUCAGCGAGGAACUGCCAUGCUCCAUCAGAGCAUGUGGGUGCAUGCAGUGGGAGCGACUCAAACCUCCUGCCCUUUCUCUAUUAGCUCCCGGGAGAACUCAGUGGUACACUUUUCCGAUGUAUAUUGAUUAAAACAUUUGUUGAUUUUUGAAAAUAGUAAAAGCUCACAAUGCC